AUGAGUUAUGAGAAAGCUUGGAGAUGUAGAGAGAAGGCAGUUAUGUACAAGAGGGGUACUCCAGCAGAAUCUUAUACGAAAUUAUAUGGUUACUUCUACAUGCUGGAACAGAAUAAUCCAGGCACUAUUACUGACAUUGUCAGCGAGGAUAACCGGUUCAAGUACUGUUUCUGGUCACUCGAUGCUUGUAGGAAGGGAUUUAAGUAUUGUCGUCCUGUGAUUAGUAUCGACGGAACAUUCUUGAAGACGAAGUAUGGAGGAACACUGUUAGUUGCUGUUGCGUACGAUGCAAACAACCAAUUGUUUCCGGUAGCCUUUGCAAUUGUUGACAGUGAGAAUCAUGACUCUUGGAAGUAUUUCUUGCGAAAGUUGAAGGAAGCCAUUGGUCCGGUUGAAAAUCUUAUGUUCAUAUCGGAUAGGCAUCAAAGCAUUGAACAUGCUGUUGAUGUUGUUUUCCCAGAAGCAUGCCACUGUGCAUGCUUCAAGCAUAUUACUAUGAAUGUCAAUCACAAGUUUAAGACUGAUGUAUGCAACAAGCAAAUAUGGCUUGCAGCUUACGCAUGGAACAAGACGGAAUGUGAUAGGCAUUUUGAGGUGCUGAAACAGAUGGACCCUGCCAUUGCUACAUACGUCGAGCAAAUAGGGUUUGAAAAGUGGGCUCGUCCUUAUUGUCCAGGCGAUCGGUACAACAUAAUGACAAGCAACGCUGCCGAAAGCUUCAACAAGGUGACAGAAGAAUUCAGAAAAUAUCCAGUAACUAUUUUGGUUGACUUCAUCAGGUUCACACUUCAAAAUUGGUUUGCUUCUCGUCUCGAAAAGGCUAGUAAGUGCGCUACUCCUUUGGCUACUACUUUUGAAAAUGAUUUAAAGGAUCAACACAAAGAUGGUAUGUUCAGGAGUGUCCUUCGUAAUGGUGCCCAAUUGUUCAACGUUGGUACGAGUCCUCAAGGUGAGAGAGGUGGUGAUGUGAACUUAGUGGAGAGAACAUGCACUUGCGGACUUUUCCAAAUGCUGAAAAUCCCUUGUCCACAUGCAUGUGCCGCAGCAGUUAGUCAGAAUGUGAGCGUGUACACACUUUGCUCUCCAUAUUACACUAAAGAAACGUGGAAGAAAACCUACGAUGCCACAAUUAAUAUUGUUGGCGAGGAGGAUGAGUGGGUACUACCGGAACAUAUCAAGAACAUAAGAAUCGGGGUACCAGUGGAGAAAAAACCAGUAGGUCGGCCUAGGAAGAGCAAUGCAGGUAGAAGACCGACGAAGCGUCGACCGUCUAGUGGUCAGGUGGUAGUGGAACCUCGUCAUUGUUCGCUAUGUCACGGUUCAGGGCACAACAGAGCUACAUGCAAAGCUCGAGUUUGA